GCUAGGCGGUGACGUCGUUCGUGACUCUGGCAACAGAGGUGGGAGGAGCGGCGCGUCGUGCUUACUUCUGAAAGAAAAUUCUAUUCCAUUUCGAUUAUUUACUUGCCGCAUCUAAAUCAACACCAUUCCGGGGAAAGGCCUCGCAUAUAAUCUGCAUCAGGUCGGCCUUGUCCUAGACAGCCAGCAUGGAGGAGGAAACACAAUCGCUGCGCCGGAGCAGCAGAUCUCGAUCCCGGACCCCGUCGGUCAGUCUUGCACCUGCUGAUGGUGAAAGACUUAUCGGCAUGAGGGAAGCAUCGAUCCGGAUUGAGAGGUACCAAGCCAUUAGGGAAGUGGUCAUCGAAGGACAGAAUGAGUUCUCCAUGAGCUCAUCCAUGGCCCAGUCGUCGUACUCAAGCAACGGUACCAUUGGACUGAACAACAAUCAGCUGACUCUCGAGGCUGAGCAAAACGCCACCAACGUUAACCAGGAAAAGAAAAAGAGAACGUCCAAGACUGUUGAAGAAAAAUCUCGCAGAACUGUGAAAAGUGCCUCCAAAAAAUCUACAGCCAACGGAGGCACUCCUACUAAGAAGAAAUCAAACAAGAGUCAAUCGGAUGUGUCUGAAUUGUCCCAGGAAGAGUCUGUCACAACCCCCCAAGCGCAGCCAAAAAAGAGGUCUGCCAAAAGUGCUGCUGCUGGAACCCCAGUUUGCAGCAUCGACGCCUACAGGAGCACCAAGUGCUCACCUAAGGCAAGUCCUCAGGCACGAAAGCUGUACGAGAAGGCCAUCAGUGGACAGAUCGAUGCUGGAAAUUCUGUCUUCCUGCAGUUCUACCGCAACAUGGGAGAGUGGUGGAAUUACUACAAGAAGACGGACUACACCUAUUCGCCCUUGUCUCAGCAGCGCUACGAAAUUGCGCCAGGUGUGUACAACAUGCCCAACCUGUCAAGGCGGCCGCUGGCCACAUACUUGUCCACCAUGUCUCAAAAUCAGAAGAACUUCAACUACAACCUGAGUCGCGAAGACUCUGACACAGAAGAGUUUGUGGAUCCUCGCAGGUGGCGCUACGAAGAAGAGCAGCCUCGGCAGUUUGGGCUGUGGCGACGUUUGUCCGAAACCUUUGUUGCCUGCCUCCUCUUCUUGUACACCUACACCAUUGGCAUUGUGGUGAGAGGUGUCACCUAUGUGGCCUCUAGGAUCAAAUCUGCCUUUUCCACUGACAGGAGCACAAAUGAGAAAGAAACCAGAUCGUACUAUUACUACAAAGAAACUCUGAUUCCCGACAACUUGACUUUGGAGCAGAACAAAAGCUGGACUGACAAGAUUGUCCUGUUCUUUGCUUGGAUCUAUGGUGGUCUGUCUCGUAACUGGGGCAAACUCCUCUCCCUGCUGAUUCUUCUGCUGCUGGCCUAUGCUGUAUAUACAGCGGGUUGGAGUGACUACCUGACUGACCUUUCUGGCCGAAGCAAUAUCUUGCACUUAUGCAGCUCCUCCGCUAUUAACGUUGGCACCUGGAUCACAGAGGCUUUUUCGUCCUUCCAACAAAGAACCUUCCUUCUCAUUCAGGAGCCAUUGAACUGGAUUUUAAACCUGGCGUCCGCUUUUUACAACUUUAUUACUGCAAUCUUGGCUGCACCAUUUCAAAUAGCAUUCAACUUGUGUGCCUGGCUUGCUGCUUGUUUGUCUGCAUUUGUCUCAAGAGCUCAAGAACCUAUCUUUCAGACUGCCGAAAUGAUGCAAGCCUCUGUUGCACCUAAAAUACAGGUUAACCAAGACCAAACCAUAAGGACGAGCCAAGAAACAAAAACAUUUGAUGUCAACUCUGUUGAUUUUGAAGAAUUAGCUGCAAGAGUGUUAGCUUCAACUACAUUUAAAAAUCUUCAACAAAAACAGGCUAUUAUGUCUGAUGAUGUAAAAGCUCAAACGGCAGUUUUCCAGAAAAUCUCCGGUGAAGUAAAUCUUAUAGACGAGAAAUUGGCUGCACUUAGCAUCAAUCUAGGCACUACCACAGAUGAGCAGGAAGAGAAAUGGAAACUGCUUGAAGCCCUUAGAGAAAAAAUUGACAACGUUGAGCUUGAGUUGAAAAAUCAAGGCAUUUUGAUAUCCGGAGUCCCUGACUGUUGCGAAAAAUUGCAAGGUCAAAUUAGUGGUCUGCAGGAGAAAGUGACAAUUUUGUCACAAGUAGACAACAGUGAAUUUAAUGCAAAUAUUCUGGCCAGCAUUCAAAGUCAGUCAGAUUUAGCAGAAGAGCUGAAGGAUAGAAUGCGUCUGCUAGAACUCGAUCUUAAGACAGCACAAGAGAAAAUAUUGGCCACCAUUGAUGAGAAAAUGGAGUCGACAGCUAAAGAGCUCGCUGAGUUGAAGGAGCUGAAAACUUCUACGGCCGCUUUCCCCACAUCUAAUUUGGAAUUCUCGGAUGAAAAGCUGAUUGCCUUAAUAAGAGAGCAGAUAUCCCUCUUUGAUGCUGACAAGACAAGCAUGCCUGAUUACGCAUUGGAAUCUUCAGGUGGAACAAUUUUGACAACGCGCUGUACCGAAAGCUAUGAUGGCAGAAACGCUAUCACGUAUUACUUGGGAAUGGAUUGGUUGUACAAGAGAGCUUACCGGCCCAACAACCCACGGUCAAUCAUUCAACCAAGUGUCAACCCUGGAGAUUGCUUUGCAUUCAAAGGCGCCACAGGCAUGAUAUUGAUUGAGCUUUCCAAGAAUAUCCACUUGACCGCAGUAACUAUGGAACACAUUCCCAAGUCGAUAGCAAUCAGUGGCAAUAUAGACUCGGCCCCGAAAGACUUCUCCAUCUGGGGCUUUAAAGAAGAGCAGGAUCCCGAGCCGCUGCAACUUGGAUCUUUCUCAUAUUUGGAUAACGGUCAAGCUUUGCAAACAUUUGAUAUUACUGCCGAACAUGACUCGUACCAAAAAAUUGAGCUGCGAAUAGAAUCAAACCAUGGGCACAUGGACUACACUUGCAUUUAUCGCUUCAGAGUGCAUGGUGUGCCAACCUAAUUUCAGUGCAAAAACAGUUAGUUGUUGACAGAGGCGCACCAAAGAAAGAAUGCCCAACGAGUACAAUACAACCUAUGUUGCAGAGCCUUUUUUAAUUACAUACGCACUUUACUCUAAAAACUGACUAACUGCUGUAAAAACCUCCGUCCUUGGCUGUGAUUCUCAGUUGGUCUUCAAGCGACAAGUAGACUGACUGGCUUGUACCAAUUUUCCCUAAGCUGAAGCAGCACAUGAUUUUAAUUAUUAAAAGGAUUAACAGAAGUGACUUGUUGGUGAAUUGACGUGCUAUGUAAGUGCUGCAGAGACUUAGAGGUGCUACAGAUAAUUUUAUGUAUUCUACACAAUCAUUGAAAUGUUUUUAAAAGCUUUUGUUUAACUCUUGAAACAUGUUCCGAAUUCAUUUUUAGGCUUAAUAUCUACUUUGUGUACAAAUUGUGCAACAUAUCAUGAUUUUUUUUUAACAUUUACAAAAUUUGAUUUGUGAAAUCUUAUUUGAUGUUUUCUUGUAGAGCAAUCAUGUUUAUAACCAAUGUAAUUUUCUUGAUUUCAUGUUAACCAUUUUGUUAAUUAGCUAUGUUCAAAGAAAAUGUUCCUUCAUGGCGAAAAAUUUGUAAUUCAAUAUAUUAUGUAAAAAAAAAUUGGGAAAACCAACUGCAUUUGGCAAUCCUAUUUUUAAAAUUUAUUUAACUAGUCAUAAGUGUCAUUGUGACAAGAAUUUUGUAAUUUGCUGCAAUAUAGAAAUUGUUCAAAUAAAUAAUUCCCACUAAUCAAAGUA